AUGCGCUGCACAAACCAAGGCUACGACUACGACGAGGAAGACAUACAAUGGAGCUGUACAGCCGACCUUCCAUCGGAAUUCAAACUCGGUUCCACAGAUGUGAUUUGCGAGGGCUAUAGAAAUGCAGAUGAUAAAUGGAUUCUCAAAGGCAGCUGUGGGGUAGAAUAUCGUCUUCUGUUGACUGAGAAGGGUGAGGAACGGUAUGGACGCUUGCGUCAAUCGCCGCACAAGGAAAAGUCGAAAGAUGGGGAUGAGUCUGAGAGCAAUAUUUCGGGUCUUAUCUUCAUGCUUAUUUUCAUUGCUGUUCUAUUUUUUAUUGCUUUCGCCAUAUCGAGAGGCAAUAAUCGUGGCGGAGACCGGGGCAGACGGCUAGGCGAAAACAACCGAGGUGGAGGAGGUGGUGGUGAUGACAACGAUGAUCCUCCUCCCCCAUACGACUAUCAGCCUCAAUCUCGACAGAAGAAGUCCAACUCAGGAGGACCGGGAUUCUGGACGGGAGCGGCAGCUGGAGGCGCCGCUGGUGGAGCAGCCGGCUAUGCGAUGGGCAGGAGACAUAAUUCACAAUACGACCGAGACACGGGAGCAGGACCAUCAUAUACCAGGCGCAAUGAUUAUGGUUAUCGAGACGAUCCUGGUCCAGCUCCAGGGCCAUCGCAAUCUUUCUCUCCUGCUAGGUCAAAUACUGGUUUUGGAUCUACUAGACGAAGGUGA